AUGAAGCUGAUUUUCUUCUUAGUUCCACUUGUUGGUUCAUUGAUAGCUUCGCCAGUGACACCGCUUCGAGUCGCAAGGCCCCAGUUUCCUGACGAGACUUUUGAACAAAUCACCGAUAACUGGGUACCUUACCAUGAUGUGAGAGAGGAUGGUAUGCCAUACAUUCCCUUGAACUGGCAACUUCUACAAGACGGUCCCUUUGCGGUCGGUUAUCCUCAACAGACAUUGGCUGAAAACGAGAAAUCAGCGAUUCACGAUCUAGCAUCCCUCCCGGAGCCCGACAAAGAAGUCCCUAGUCAUGAUGGAAGAGCGGCUGAGAAUUCGGAGGUCAAUGAGACCUGUAAUAAUGAGCAGUUCAGGAAGGAAUACUCCGCGGCCCACGCGGAUCCAAUCACUUCGUGA